AAGCAAUUUCCAGUUCAAGUCUACUUCCGUUCCUAAACAGGUCACCGAUUUUAAGUUCCGGGUCACGCGUGCAUCCAAGAAAAUACCGAAAAUGGCGACCAUCGGAUCGCUUAUUGUUGAAGAUCAACGUGAGCCUGAAAAACCCAUUGACAGAGAAAAGACAUGUCCGCUGCUGUUGAGGGUUUUCUGUAGCAUGGGACGACAUCAUAACGUGUCAGAGUUUGCUCGUUCUAAUACUCCAGCAAAUGAAUUGCAGAUAUAUACAUGGAUGGAUGCCACAUUAAAAGAAUUGACUAGUCUAGUAAAAGAAGUUAAUCCAGAUGCCAGAAGAAAAGGAACAUUUUUUGAUUUUGCUAUUGUGUAUCCCGAUCCCAGAACACCUACAUAUAGGUUACGUGAAAUAGGAACUACAUGUUGUGGCAGAAAAUCUGCAGAUGAUAAUGUAACAUUAGCUAACAAAAAAUUUCAGAUAGGUGAUUAUUUGGACAUUGCCAUUUCUCCUCCGAGAGCUGGUGGUGGACCUUCCCCAAUGAUGAGAUCUCGACGUCCAUAUUAAAUAUACAUGUAAAUCAUCCAUUUUAAGAAGCAUUUGUAUAUUUUACACAUUUUAAGGAGAUGGUUUGUCUGUUUUUAUUCAGUAAAUAUAGGUACGAUAAGGAGAUAUUUAAUUAAAUGUCCCGGAAUUGAAUUUACCGGUUAUUGGUACUGGUAGAACUGCAUUCCAGGCUGUCACUCAACUGCAAUUUUCUCAAUUCGAAACAUUUCAGACUCUCACAAGUGAACCCCUCCAUUUUCAAUUUUUAUAACAUCCAAGAAACCAGAAUUGACACACCUAAUGAUAGUAACCCACAUCAAUUAACGAUGAGUAGCUGAUGUUAAUUCUGUAGUGUAGGUAUAUGUCAAUAUUAUCUGAGGUCCCGUGUACCUACACAUAAAAGAUCCCUUGUCAAUUGGAAUACAAUAUAAGAGAAAGCUGUAGCGCCACUCUCUGGGUAAAAUUUCACUCAUUGCACAUUUUAUGGCAUUAGCCAAGUCUGAGCAGAGCAGUGGAACAAUAAACCCCAUUUCAUUUCAUUUAUAUAUAUGAUCCCAUGGCAGUUGAAAUUCAGUAUAAGAGACAGCUGUAGCACCACUGUCCGGGUAACAUUUUACUCAUAGCACACUUUAUGGCAUAUGCCCAUCUUCAUGAGCCAAGUCUGAGCAGAACAAUGGGACAAUAAAACCCAUUUCAUUUCAUUUAUAUAUAUGAUCCCUUGGCAGUUGAAAUUCAGUAUAAGAGACAGCUGUAGCACCACUGUCUGGGUAAAAUUUUAUUCAUAGCAUAUUUUAUGGCCUAUGCCCAUCCUCAUUAGCCAAGUUGGAGCAGAACAGUAGGAUGUUAAACCCCAUUUCAUUUCAUUCAUUAAAUUAGCAUUACACACAUACAUUAGGUGUUAGGGACAAUAAACUCUAUUUCAUCCCAUUUAUAUAGUGAAUCAUUAUUGAAUAGAAACACAUUAAACUUUUUUAAUGUCAUCAGUGUCGAAGAGUAAAUGAUGUUAGAAAGUUGGAUGUUUCAAACUUAAGUUUCAGUGGUGAAAACUAUUCCAACCAGAUUUCUUUGCAAGCUAUUAACAUUUGUAAAUUAGGCAUACAUGAUGAAUAUUUUGAUAUAGUGUUAUUAACAACAGCAGUGAAAUGUACAUAUACAGUAUACCAGUCAAAAGAUUUAGACAAAUAAGCUCAAUCACAUUUGUUUUAAUUAAUAAAUUUUACCAAAAUGGAGUCUUUAAUCUAGAAGAUAAUUGGCUCGUAUGCAAUAAUGUCCAUUUAUUUUAGCUGAUAUAAACACCCACAUUAAUUCAUUUAAAGUGUAAUUAUAUGUAUCUUUUUAAUAGAUUCAGAAGUCUUAAAUAAAAAAAUGAUUUUGAAUUAUUUGACAUCCAUUUGUAAUAAAAUGCAAAAUAAAUUGCAAUAAUUUUA